AUGAGCCAAAAGGAGCCAAUGAUCAUCCAACCAGUACCUGAGCUACCCUGGAGCAAAGUUGGAAUGGACUUAUGCGAACUAGAGGGUAACAAUUACCUAAUCAUUGUAGACUACUUCUCCAACUUCAUUGAAGUAGCACCAUUGCAAAGAGACACUCGAACGAGCACCAUCUUAAAACACAUCAAGCAAAACGUGGCUCGUUAUGGAAUCAUGGACUCAAUCAUCUCGGACAACGGUCCACAGUUCACCAGUGCUGAAUUCCGAGAAUUCAUCGAAAAAUAUGGCAUCACCCAUAUUACGUCGUCGCCUUUGCACCAACAAACAAACGGCCUUGCUGAAAAGGCUGUACAAACCGUUAAAAAUCUAAUUAAAAAGUGUAGCGAAACAGGGGACGACAUCUACUUAGCCCUGUUAGAACUAAGAAACACACCACGCGAUAACAUCGGAUCACCGAUGCAACGUUUGAUGGGUCGACGCGCAAAAACACUAAUACCUAUGAAACAAACAUUGCGACAACCAGAAACAACCAGUGAAAAUGUCGCACCAAAGUUGUUGGAAUUUCGUGAAAAGCAAAAAUUCUACUACGACCAACACGCGAAGAGCAAGGACAAUCUUCAGCCAGGGGACGCAGUAAGAAUUAAAACCCCAUCUGGUUGGAAACCGGCAGAGUAUGUGAAACCGUCCGAAUACCCACGAUCACAUAUCGUUAAGGCAGGCGAAUCGGGGCGCGAAUAUCGCCGAAACACGGACAUGCUAAUGAAAACAAAGGAAAGACCACACAUUAUCACCACAAACAAUGACGUGUACAUACCGGCACCCACAGCGCCAACAGAGACGGUAGCAGAACAACCAUCAACAACUCCAAAUCACGAAAACAGUGCUAGUGCGAGAUCGAGCGAAACUCGAGACAAACCGGGGAAAGAGAGUGUACAAGACACUGUUAGAAAGAAAACGAGGUCAGGAAGAGAAGUUCACAAACCGAUACGGUUAAAUGACUAUGUGUAA